AUUUAUUUUCAGUGUUUUUGAAACUCCAGGGUAUAAAAUAAAAUAAUAAUAAUCUCACUCCCAUCGGAAACCCCUGCUCUUCUCUUCUCUUCCUAAGAUUCUUCUUUUUGUAGUCUUUCGGUGCGUAAUAUCAACACCUCUCCUUCUCUUUCUCCACUUUCUCUCCUAAUUCCCACAUUUUUGUUCUUCUUAACUUCUCAUUUUCUCCUCCCUAAAAGCCUGAAGAGUUCUACGGAACAAAGCUGCUGUUUCUCACUCUUUUCUUCCGGAAAUUCAAAUCACAAUUUCGUUUUCAAUCUGCUGCUGCUGUUCGUUCGGAUUAGGGGAAUUUAUUGGCUAAGCUUAUGGCGAUUGAAGUUUGCUCUGAGAUUUCCAGUGUAGGAAUCAGUCCGAGAAUCUCGUUUUCGCAUGAUCUGAACCAGGCCGAUUCGUUGCCUUCUUCUUCCGAUUGCAACCGCGGUCGCUUGGAUUUGAGUCUUCUGGAAUCCGAUUUCGAUUUCUGCAUUGGCAAUCUUCUUCUGCAAGAUCUCUCCUCUGCGGAUGAGCUCUUCUGCAAUGGAAAAAUUCUCCCCGUCGAAAUCAAGAAAUCGAUCGAGCCAAACAGAGAAGUUUCUAAACCUAACCAAUCUACUCCUCCAAUUCCUCCCGAUCCUCCGAGAAGUUCAGUCUCCUCCGAGAAGAAGAGCCUGAAAGAACUUCUAUCCGCGAGUUUCGAUGCGGAGGAGAAACCGCAAUCCAAAUCGUUCUGGCAGUUCAAGCGAAGCAGUAGUCUCAAUUGCGAAAGCUCCAAGAGUAGAGGUUUGAUAAGAUCCUUACAUUUUCUCUCCAGAAGCAACUCCACUGGUUCGGCUUUGAAUUUGCAGAAACAGCCUUCGAUUUCGAGUAGAAAAUCGUCGGUAUCUUCUUGCUCGAACUCGUAUUUCGCAAAUUCGUGCUCUCAGAAGCCUUCGACGAGGAGGAAUUUCGGGGCGAACAAUGGGAAUGGAGUUCGAAUAAUGAGUCCUCUUCUCAACCUCCCUCCGCCAUACAUUUCCAAAGUAACUGUGAGUUUUUUUGGAUUCGGUUCUCUGUUUUGCAAUGGAAAGAACAAAAAGAAGAACAAAUAAGAAAGAAAAAAUCCAUCCGAAUCUUGAAGGACAGAUUAGAUUGAUUUCAUGUGUGUAUGAUUUCUGUUACGAAGCAUGUGAUCUGAUCAGUGUCUGCAAAUUGGAAUAAUCAGAGAAAUGGAAUUAUUUGAAAUUUGAAAAGAAGAAGAAGAAGGUGGGAAUUGAAAAUGGUGAAAUCUUGGAGUGAAAAAAAAGAAAAAGAAAAAGAAAAAUGUAUAUAGUUUAGGAGACACAUAAACAAAGAGUUACGCCAUUUUCAUGGCCUUACCCAUCUCGAUUCACUGUUCUCUUAUAUUCUUUUCAUUUUUGUUGUUCCUCAAUAAUUAAAACUUAUGGGCUGUCUCUUUGUUCUUUUCAACUUUGAUUGAAGCCUUCUUUUCGUUUUUUUCU